CCUGACGGAAAGGAAAAGAUUGUUGAACGGCUUUCUUGAGGAUCUUCACGCGGCACGAAACGCUCUUCUACACGGCAUCGGACGGAAUCGACCAAGCCGGCUGGCUGGCAGAGCACUGAGUGGCGUUUUGUGGGACAGCACGCGAGAGCGUCCAGCAGUCGUCCUUGGGAUAGAAAAGCCAUCCAUACAGGAUUAUUUGUUUGUUUCGUGCUUUUACCGAUAACGCUCUUUUUCCUCGGCCAGAUGACGAAAGAUCGCCUAUCCGCAGCGUGAGGCCGCGAUGGAAACGAUUGCCGUGAGUAGGGGAGGAUGCUGAGGGGUUGGUUCGACGCGUUCCGUAGCGACGGAGGCCCCACCCUCUACACUUUUGCCAACCGCACCCCCGUAACGGAGGAUGUGCGAAACGUUCUCAUCUAUGUCUCCUUCUCCACCAUCUUCGUCGCCUUCCUCAUCGUUUUCCCGGGAAUCCGCAAGGAGAAAUUUUCAACAUUCAUCAGUGUCACUAUCAGCUUAUUUGUCGGAGCUGUCAUACUCAUCUCCAACUAUGGCACGGAGUGGCACGUCGCUUCGGCCACCAUCUCUAGUCCCUACAAAGCCUUCUCCAGGGAGAAGAUCUACGCAGACGUAGGAGUCAAGAUAGGCCUCAACAGUGUCAACAUCACACUCAGAGCGGCCCCCAUCCACAAGCGCAGCGAAGACAUCAACUACAAUGAGAGGUUCCGAUGGGUUGGAGCCACCGAAAUGAAGCAGGAGUACCGGCAUGCCUUGGUGAAGGGUCUUCCCUUUCCACUGCUAACCAUCGCCGAAUAUUUCACGCAGGAGCUCGAGGGAUUCUGCUGGGGGAGAAGGUACAGGCUCGCUGGAUACUAUUCUUAUAUCCUGCUGUGGGCUGCCUUCUCUCUAUGGCUACUAAUGAACAUCCUGUUGUGCACGGUGCCCCGCUACGGGGCCUACACCAUGCAAUUGACAGGUUUGGUGAUGCUGUUCACCAAUGCCAUUUACACUUACCUCCUGCCUCGGAAGCCCCUCGUCAUCCCCUUUGAAGGCGGAGCCCUGCACUUCAAAUUCGGAUGGUGCUUCUGGAUCGUCCUGGCAGCAGGUAUUACGGCGAUAGUCGUGGGAGGAGCGGUGGCAAUUGUCGAUCUUCUUUUUCCUAACAAGUUCGCCACCAUCCUGGAAGUAGAUUAUGACAUGCCCUGCAGGUACCUGUUAUCACAGCCAGACCCCUCCGUCCAGAAGCAACGAUGCUCUCAGUCCAACAGCUCGACGUCGGUGCAGACCUCCUCCACAAAUUCCUCAAACGAAUCCAAAGGGUUCGAGAACGGGGCCUACGAGGGAGAAGAAGAGGAGGAUUACAGCACCAUCGUGAACGGCAAGAGGGCCGUCAGCCUCAGGAACUUUGGCAAGUUUGCACAGAAGGAACAACUACGGAAGAACCCCUUGGCCUCCUUCGUACAGAACCAACGGAUCCACAACUUCACAAUAAACACCUACCGACAACCGUCCACGUCCAAAGAUGUGAACAUCGACAUCUCUGCCGCAGCUUUGUGGUGACACCAAGAAACUAUGCAUGAUCCGUUAAGUUCCUUCAAAAAGUGAUGUCGGUUCUUAUAACGUCCAGGAUUCCUCUGGAACAACAAUGAGACACUUUCCAGUUUAUUUUCGAGGACUAAAGACCGGCCUCACUUCAUAGUCAAGACACCAAAGUGGACGGACUUUGAGAAUUCAAAGAAAUGGAUUCCAUCUUAUGUGUUGCUUCACGCGAGACAUAUCUCUUAAGAUUCCUCUUCAGUUUGUGGUCAAGUGCAAACAACCAGAUGGAUAGCUCUUUAAAACAGACUUUAAAAAAAGCGUUUCUCCAAGAUUUAAAGCGAGUUUUGCAGUCAGUAGUUGGUGGUGAAUGAAAAGAAAUGAAUUACUGAGAAUGUCUUAUAGAAUAUGCGUUUAUUUUAGGAAAUGCAAAUUUUUUACAUCGGGUUAGUCAGUAUUACUAUAAUAAUUCAAACCUCAAGUCUGGAUAGUAGAGAUUCUUCAGCGAAAGGCGAAAUCUUUGUUUCAUUUUCAAUAACUUCUUUUAAAAUAUGAAAGGCUUUUAUGUUGUUUGAGCCUCAGCAGAUAAUAGUUACAAAUAAAUGAUGCGACUUCAAUUUGAAAUGCAGAGAAACACCAGCAUCAGUAACAUUUUUUUAAUUGAGUUUUUAAGUUAAAACGUAAAGUCAUGUGUUCCUUUUAUUAAAUUUUUUAUUCUCCUAGAGAAAUGAAGCACCGAAGUUUUUUUUAAGUAAUCAUUAUCUAUAAUUUUUUUUAUUGUAAUAAACUUUUGCAGAAUAAUUUUAUAAAGAUGUCUGCCUACAUAUACAUACUUUAAAAACUAUAAUUUUUUUGUAUAAUGCACAUUUAUAAAAUUAUAUUUAUGCAAAUCUUUUGUGAUGGAAUCACUUAAAGACGUUCACUCAAGAAUUACUGCCACAUUUUGAUAACUAUUACUGAGUAAUUUAUUUUAACCCUUUCACCGGCUGGAAUGUAGAAAAUAGAUCUAACGAGUCUUCCUAUAAUGACUUGAACAUGUGAAAUAUUUCUUCGAUUAUUACCUUAAAACGGCUGAAACGUAUAAAAUCGUUUCCUAGAAAUUGUUCUAAGACCGAGCCCAAUAUAGAAAAAUAUCAGUGAUUUCGCUUUUAAUAAUAAGGGCCAUUUUAUGUAUAUUCGGAUGCGAGACAGUUGAAGGUCCAUGGAAUAAGCUUAAUGUUUAAUUUCUAAACUGACUGCAAAAACUCGAAAGUAUUUUUAAUGGACGUCUUAAAAUCGGAUAAAUUCUACAUCCAUUCACCUUUUAUCCGAAGAAAAAGCAAACGAACAAAAUUUGGAGUUUCGAUUUCUAAGAGCUUCUUUGACAGUACUUGAAGUGCGUGAGUGUGUGUGAUAUAUUCUGGCCAUAUUUCUUUAUCUUGUUUGUUCGAAUAGAAGCCAUAUUCCGCGCCAUUUUUUUGAAAGAUCGAACUGACAAAAAUGUCCCCUUGGACGACAAGGACUGAUCGUUCCUACGGACGAAGGACAUGGACGAAAGGGAUUCCACACUUUUCAGUGAUAUAUAUAUAUAUUGUGUGUAUAUAUUUAUUUAAAAUAUUUUCUAUACUGAAAAGAAUAACAUAUGUUUCGUAUGUCAAGUGCAAUGUGUAGUUAAAGGACCAAAAUGCUUUGUAAGUGCUGAUAAUAAAAUAUUUUAAAAUU